AUGCUCGGAAUCGACUACCCAGACAGUGACGACGAGGACGUCGUGCCCGCGACCAAGCCAGAGUUGACCAACAUUCCUGCAGCUGUCGCGCCCACCCCAGCGCCUCUCUCCGCUCCCGCGCCUCUCGAACAGCCGCCUACAUCGUCGGGUCCGGUGAGCGGCCCUGCGCAAGGUCCGACAGUAUCGCCGCCUCCAGAGGACGAUGCCAACGCGAACGAAGCCGCGCCAGGUUCACCACACACAGCUACACGUGCCCUGAUUCAGAACCUUACUCUACCUACCGUACCGAACUUCGAUAUACCGCCUUCUCCGCCGGGAUCACCACCACAGAAAGCGACGAAGAAGUUUGCGCAAUUUCUAGAGCUCAAGAAGAAGGGCCAGCAUUUCAACCAGCGCCUGGAAGGCUCGUCCGUGCUACGCGAUCCGGGACACAUGCGGAAGCUGAUGGGCUUUGCGGGAAUCAGCGAAGAGGACGCAUAUGCAUCUACACUGCCACAAGAUGUCGCGAUACCGGCAGUCUUCCCGGAGUGGGCCUAUGUCGAGGAAUUGAGGGCUUCACAGAAGCGCAUCGCAAAGACCAAAGACCAAGAGAAAUCCAAGGCACCGAGAGAAGCUCUCGAGUUUGUGUCCGCGUCCAAGACUGGCGCGUCGAGUGGAACGGGCACGGCGUCAAGCUCUGCUACGGGAAAGCGCAAGGAAUUGGAACAUAGAGGAAAGGACGAUCAGGGCACAAAGAGCAAAGUAGAGCGCAGGUCAAGGUCGCCGAAGAGGAGACGAUCAAGGUCGAGAGAGAGAAGGUGA